UUCAUAUAAUGCAUCCAUCAAUGGCUGCUUCCUCAGCCCUCCUCAAACUCCCCUUUCUCUGUUCAUCUUCAUCCUCAUCCUCGUCAUUUCCUCACAUUUCUCCCUACACUUCUUCUCCUUUCUCACCGUUUCCCAACCCCAAGACUCAACCAAACUUGUUGAAGCACACCUCUACUUUCCACCUCCUUCCCAUAUCAUAUCGAUUCUCUGCUGUAGAGGACGAGAAUGAGGAUGAAUGCAACUUUGAUGAUGCGGUCGCCCUCUUCAAUAGCAGGGACUACUACAGAUGCCAUGACUUCCUGGAGGAGAUUUGGAACAGAGCUGAGGAUCCUGUGAGGACCUUAGUCCACGGAAUUCUGCAGUGUGCUGUAGGACUUCAUCACCUGUUCAACCAGAACCAUAGAGGGGCUAUGAUGGAACUGGGAGAGGGCCUGUGUAAGCUAAGGAAGAUGAACUUUGAGACUGGACCCUUUCUUCAGUUUGAGCAGGAGAUUUCUGCAGUUCUGGAGUUCAUUUAUCAAACUCAGCUGGAACUGGCUGCUUGUACUGAUGAUUUCUGCAUAGCAAUGGAUCAAUCAGAGAGAUCAUACCAACUUCUUGGAGGCUAUGGCGCCGGACAGCGUCUGUACCACUUGGAGGGCGACCCAAAUGAAAUUGUGUACAUUGUGUUCUCCCCUGAGAGGUCUCAAGGCACUGGUGAGACACCAAGAAGGGUAAAACUUCCAAUCCUUAAUGCAACUGAAGAAUAUCUCAUGGCCUCUGGUUAUAACUGACUGUCUAAAGCAACCAUUUUGUAUUUUUUUUUGGGGGUGGGGUUUCUUUUUACCCCAUAUACUUCUGUCUUAUACCAUUCUCUACUUGGGGUUUUAAGCUUUCAUGUAUAGACACAAGUACAACAAAAAUUAUGGCUAUCAAGUAGAUACAGCCCUUUAAGCAAAAUAAUCAGAAAAUCUUUCAAGAAA